CACAUUUUAUUCGCUAUAUUUAUAUGUUAUUUGGAGACAUUUAUAUGUUAUUUGGAGACAUUUUUGGCAAUAUUUGGAUAAUCGGAGUAUGGGGAAGACUAGAGCUGAGAUACAGCGGGAAUAUAGAGAGAGAAAAAAGGCUAAGUUGGGAGAAGAAUUCAUGAAAAAGGAAAGAGAACGAGUUAGGAACUACUAUGUACCAGCUUCUGAGCUGAGCAAUAAGAAAAGGAAAGAGAGAAAUGAAAAGAUGAAAAUAAAGAAUCGAAGGGCAAGAGCAAAGGCGAAGGAACUAUUAGAAAGGCUUCAGAUAAGAGAAUCAAGUGAUGACGGACCAAGUGACAGUGGCUAUGGAAGUGUAAAUGAACCAGGCCCGAGUCUAAAUGAACCAAUGAUAGUUAGUUUGCCAGCUAUAAGAGUUGCAGCUAGAGCUAAUGGGGCAAAGAAAAAAAAGGCAAGGGCGUUAGCAAGGGCUUAUCAUUCUAUUAGAGUGUUGCAGAAAAAGAAGAUUGAUCUUGAACGUAAGUUAAAAACAAAGUCAAAGCAAGUAGAACGAAUGAAAAAGAAGAUAAUUUUGAAAAACAAAAUACCAAAAACACCUGAGUGUACUCAAAAAGCUGUUGCAACAACUCCUAGAAGCAAAACAAAACAUGAAAUUGAACAACUGCAACUAACGCCAAAGAGGAAAAGAUUUGUAGCCAAAAAGUUGCUUUUGACCAACGUUUUAUUAGCCGAGAUAAAGAAAACUAAAGAAAGCAGUUCCAAGAAAAAGAGAAGAGUAAUACAUAAUGUAGUUGCUGGCAAAAUAACUAAGAAAUAUAGAUGCAUGAGAAUAGUUAGUGAAGAAACAGGCUUAUCAAGAACGGCAUUGUUGAAAUGCAAGUCAAAAUGCAUUGUUGUUCAGCGAGAACAGAGAAAAAGCAUAUCAAAGAAACAGGCUUAUUAG